AUGUCUUUAUCAUGUCUACAAGCGGAUCACUCCUGGGGGCCGACUUUGCCAACACCUUGUCAUGGAGGGUUUGACUUCACCAUCUACUUUGAACAAAUCUGGCUUUCAGCUGUGCCAUCAAUCUUGUUCUUAGUUUCCGGCGGUCCUCGGCUGUGGCAGCUCUGCCAAGCUCCCGUGGUGAUCCACCAAUCGAGGAGUCAACUGGUCAAAUUGGGCACUAUCAGCCUCCUAAUCGUUCUUCAAUUGAUACUGCUCCCCCUCUGGUCUUUGAGGACAUCCCUCCAAUCAUCUGCUUCCAUCCCAGCUGCUGUCUUCUCGUUGGUGGCUGCACUUGGGCUUGCUCUUCUCUCCUUUUAUGAGCACCAGCGAUCUGUCAGGCCGUCCACGUUGCUUAGCAUUUAUCUUGUCUUUUCAGUCCUGUUUGAUGCCGUCCAAGCUCGAUCAUUAUGGCUUCGCAGCACCAACGGUCCGAUCGCAGCUGUAUUCACUGCGGCGUUGGCGGUUAAAUUGAUCAUCACCGUCCUGGAAGGACGAGAGAAACGAGCAAUUUCACCAGUGCCAGGCAUCAAAUUGUCGCCUGAGACCACCAGCAGCAUAUAUAACCGUACAGUUUUCUGGUGGUUGAACCGUCUGCUUCUCGCUGGUUACAAGAGUACCCUGCGCUUGAACGACUUGUAUCCGCUUGAAUCUGAUAUGACCUCAGCAAAGCUAGGCGCUGCCAUAGAAAAUGCCUGGAUGAAAGCCAAGCAAACAAGGCCGUAUGGUCUGCUUUUUACAACUGCAGUCGCACUGAAAUGGGCUUUGCUCUCCCCAGUGGCCCCUCGUAUUGCGCUUAUCGGCUUCAAAUACUGCCAACCACUCUUGCUGGCGAGUGUGGUCAAUUAUGUGCGGCUCCCAGAUCCAGACCGUGACAGAAAUGUCGGCUACGGUCUGAUCGGAGCGACAGCCAUCGUGUACAUUGGAAUUGCAGUGAGCACUGGACUUUACAAUCUCAAAGUAUACCGAUCCACCGUCAUGAUACGCGGCUCGCUUGUAAGCAUCAUCUACCGCAAAACCUUGAGACUACAUCUAAACGAAGCCAAAUCUUCGGCCGCAUUAACUCUGGCGAGUUCGGACGUGGAUCGUAUUGGCCUAACCGUUGAAAGUGGCCAUGAGAUCUGGGCCAGUAGCAUUGAAACCAUAUUAGCCCUGGUGCUGCUGCAACGCCAAUUAGGCUGGGCCAGUAUUGCCCCUGUGUUACUCGCUUUGCCUCAACUCAGUGGCUACCGCCGCAAAUACGCGGAUUGCAAAGUAUGUCCCACGGCGCCAACGGGAAUGGGGCGCAGCGAUCCAGAAGCGUAUAACUCUAACAUCAGCAGUACUCAGAAAUAUGAAAAGCGUCAAGAUGAUGGGCCUGCAGGAGACGAUUGCUCGGACGAUCCAAAGGGCCAGGAUCUACGAGCUGGAUUUGUCGAAGCGCUACAGGAGUUUCUUUGCAUAUUCGCCUCACUUUCAUUGACUCAACUGCUGGCCACUCCUUUACAAAAGGUCUUAUCUUCCAUUCCGUCAUUUGCAGGGUCCCUCGGCUCAUUCGCACGUAUCGAGGCUUAUCUUCGGCUUGACGAUCGUGUCGAUGGCAGAAAUUCCGACUUUGCAAGUAGCCGAGAGAGCGCAAAGGAGUCAAUUAUAGACGAAAACCAGCUUGAAUUGGGGAACUUGCUCACAACAGGGCAAAGCAAAGCUAUCGGUAAACGUGCAAUUUCAGUGCAGGAGGCCGACAUUUCCUACUCCGCGGACUCACAUCCAAUCCUCCACAAACACAACUUUGAGAUUCCAAAAGGCCUCUUAAACGUAGUCGUCGGCCCUGUGGGUUGUGGAAAGACCACACUGCUCAACGCUCUCCUCGGCGAAAUUACGAUCUCCAGUGGCAAAGUGAUGGUGGAUCAUUCUCCAAUUGCCUAUUGCCAGCAAACCCCCUGGCUCAUUAACGCCUCUGUCAAAGAGAACAUCCUCAAUCACUCUCCGUACGACCAAACUUGGUACAAGAGGGUGACUUGGUCCUGCGGACUGGACGAAGACAUAGAACAACUGCCUGAUGGAGAUGCUACUCUUGUUGGAAGCCGGGGAACCAGUCUAAGCGGUGGACAGAAGCAGCGGCUGGCCCUUGCCCGGGCAGUCUACGCUCGAGCACCAUUAGUCAUCCUGGACGAUACCUUGAGUGCUCUCGAUGCCCGAACUGAGAAACUGGUUUUUGAUCGUCUGCUGUCGAAAACAGGACUCUUCCAGCAGCUGGAAUUGACGGUUAUGCUGGUCACUCACUCAGUGCAACAUCUUCGAUCUGCGGACAAUAUCAUUGUACUGGAUUCAAAAGGACGUAUGGAACAACAUGGCUCAUUCACAGAGCUUAGCGGGCGAGAGGGACCCGUUCGACGCCUGCUAGCUGAUUGUCCUCCAGACAAGAACAGUGCAGAAACAAACAGCUUGGAACCAUCUUCUGGUUCAGUUUCUUUAAGCCGAACUGGAGGAGCAAAUGUGUCAUUGCCGCGUGCUGCUGCUACGCCGGGCGUAAAAAGGAAGCCUACAUCGGAUUCAGCUGUCUUGAUGUAUUACUUGAAGUCCAUUGGAUGGUACCGUGCGUCGAUAUUUCUCCUUACAAGCCUGGCGUAUGUGUUCUGCACCAGCUUCACCCAAAUAUGGGUCCAGUGGUGGACGGAAUCCAAGAAUCGCGGUGAUGGGUCCUUCCUAGGGGUCUAUUUUGCUCUGGCGGUUGGAGCCGUCGUGAACUAUAGUUCGUCCAUCUGGUGCAUGAUGAUCUCUAUCGUGCCCAUUUCAGCAGCGAAACUGCAUUGGCAGCUUCUUGAUUCCGUUAUUCAUGCGCCCAUGUCAUUCUUCUCAACUGUAGACUCGGGGAUCACCCUCAACCGAUUUAGUCAGGACAUGUCGCUGAUCAACAGUCGCCUCCCUGUAUCUACAAUGCAGGCAACACCGAUGGCUUUCCAAGCGUUAGCACAGAUCGCCCUUAUAGCCGUUGGGUCUACCUACUUGGCUAUUGCUAUUCCCUUGUGCCUCGGUGCAACAUGGGCACUACAGCGAUUCUACCUUCGGACGUCGAGACAGCUGCGCUUACUGGACCUGGAAUUAAAAUCUCCCUUGUUCUCAAGCAUCUCCGAGACCCUCGAAGGUCUCCCGACGAUCCGCGCCUUCGGCUGGCAGGAGAAAUUCGAACGACGUAAUCAGGAACGGCUGGACGCCUCGCAGCGUCCAGUCUACCUCCUCUACUGCAUCCAGCGCUGGCUGAAUUUUGUCCUUGAUCUCAUAGUCGCAGCGCUGGCAAUUCUGCUGGUGAGUCUGGCGACUCAGUUGCCGAGCAGCACAAGCGGGGGCCGUCUGGGUGUUGCAAUGCUCAGCAUCCUCGGCUUCAGCCAGAGUUUGUCCCAGUUUAUAUUCUUCUACACAGACUUGGAGACGUCGUUGCAAGCGGUUUCUCGGGUUAAGGAGUUUGUGGAAACGACCGUGUCGGAAGAGGCGGGCCCUGGGUCUCUGACUGCGCCCCCAGAACACUGGCCUGUUCGCGGCGCGGUGGAGUUUCAAAAUAUCACCGCUUCAUAUUCUAGUGACAUGGACAGCCCUGUUCUCAAUGGUAUCUCGCUAGUCAUCCAGACUGGACAAAAAGUUGGAAUAUGUGGCCGGACAGGCAGUGGGAAGUCCUCUUUGCUUUCUGCUUUGUUCUGCAUGAUUGAACUCCAGAGUGGCAGUAUCACUGUUGAUGGGAUUGACCUCAACAACAUAUCUCGGCAGGAGGUGCGCUCACGGUUAAUUGCGAUCCCGCAGGAUCCAUUCCUGGUCCCCGGGACAGUCCGUUUCAAUGCGUCGCCGGACGAAACAGUCGCUGACAACCAGAUCACCGAAGCCCUCGAGAAAGUCGGGCUGUGGGAGCACGUUCAGAAACGCGGUGGCCUUGAUACCGAUAUUGGCAUUCUGUCUCUGUCGCAUGGCCAGCAGCAACUGUUCUGCCUUGCGAGGGCAAUUCUGAGGCCCGGCACUAUUCUCGUACUGGACGAGGCGACUAGUAAUGUUGACUGGGGAACAGAUGAGGUCAUGCAACGGGUUAUUCGGGAGGAGUUUGCGAAUAAGACAGUUAUCACCGUCGCGCAUCGUUUGAGAACUAUUCUGGAUAGUGAUUUGGUGGUAGUGCUUGGUGAGGGAUGUAUUCUGGAGGUAGGCCAUCCGGGGGAACUGCUUGCGACUCCAGGCCAAUUUCGAGAAUUGUGUAGUACCCAAGGCAUCACCAUUGACAGCUUCUGA